GCGCGGCCAGCGGUCGGUGGCUGCCGCUACGGGGCUGACAAGAUGGCGGCUGGCGGGGCUGUCGCUGCGGUGCCCGAGUGCCGGCUUCUGCCCUACGCGCUACACAAGUGGAGCUCCUUCUCCUCUACCUACCUUCCCGAGAACAUUUUAGUGGAUAAACCAAACGACCAGUCUUCAAGAUGGUCUUCAGAGAGCAACUAUCCUCCCCAGUACUUGAUUCUAAAGCUUGAAAGGCCUGCUAUAGUUCAGAAUAUCACAUUUGGAAAAUAUGAGAAAACUCACGUCUGCAAUUUGAAGAAAUUUAAAGUCUUUGGUGGAAUGAAUGAAGAAAAUAUGACAGAGCUAUUGUCUAGUGGUUUAAAGAAUGAUUAUAACAAAGAAACAUUCACCUUGAAGCAUAAAAUUGAUGAACAGAUGUUCCCUUGUCGAUUCAUUAAGAUAGUUCCACUCUUGUCCUGGGGACCCAGUUUUAACUUUAGCAUCUGGUAUGUUGAACUUAGUGGCAUUGAUGAUCCUGAUGUAGUACAACCAUGUCUCAACUGGUACAGCAAGUACCGUGAACAGGAAGCCAUUCGCCUUUGCCUAAAACAUUUCAGACAACACAACUAUACAGAGGCUUUUGAAUCACUGCAAAAGAAAACUAAGAUAGCACUGGAACAUCCUAUGUUAACAGAUCUGCACGACAAACUGGUAUUGAAGGGUGAUUUUGAUGCUUGUGAAGAAUUGAUUGAGAAAGCUGUAAAUGAUGGCUUAUUCAAUCAGUAUAUCAGUCAACAGGAAUAUAAGCCACGAUGGAGUCAGAUCAUUCCCAAAAGCACCAAAGGUGAUGGAGAAGAUAACCGACCGGGAAUGAGAGGGGGCCAUCAGAUGGUUAUUGAUGUUCAAACAGAGACUGUUUAUUUGUUUGGUGGCUGGGAUGGAACACAGGAUCUUGCUGACUUCUGGGCAUACAGUGUGAAGGAGAACCAGUGGACAUGUAUCUCUAGAGACACUGAAAAAGAGAAUGGCCCAAGUGCCAGAUCAUGUCAUAAAAUGUGCAUUGAUAUUCAACGGAGGCAAAUCUACACAUUGGGACGUUAUUUGGAUUCCUCUGUGAGGAACAGCAAAUCUCUGAAAAGUGAUUUCUACCGUUAUGACAUUGACACAAACAUAUGGAUGUUACUAAGUGAAGAUACUGCUGCUGAUGGAGGACCGAAAUUGGUGUUUGACCAUCAGAUGUGUAUGGAUUCAGAAAAACAUAUGAUCUACACCUUUGGUGGUAGAAUUUUGACAUGUAAUGGCAGCGUGGAUGACAGCAGAGCCAGUGAACCACAAUUCAGUGGGUUGUUUGCUUUCAAUUGUCAAUGUCAAACCUGGAAACUUCUUCGAGAGGACUCCUGUAAUGCUGGGCCUGAGGAUAUCCAAUCUCGGAUAGGACACUGCAUGUUAUUCCACUCAAAAAAUCGUUGCCUAUAUGUAUUUGGAGGCCAGAGAUCAAAAACCUAUUUGAAUGAUUUCUUUAGUUAUGAUGUGGACUCUGAUCAUGUAGACAUAAUAUCAGAUGGCACCAAGAAAGACUCUGGGAUGGUUCCAAUGACAGGAUUCACACAGAGAGCAACUAUAGAUCCAGAACUAAAUGAAAUACAUGUCUUAUCUGGGCUCAGCAAAGACAAGGAAAAGAGAGAAGAGAAUGUCAGAAAUUCAUUCUGGAUUUAUGACAUUGUGAGGAAUAGUUGGUCUUGUGUCUAUAAGAAUGAUCAAGCUGCAAAAGAUAAUCCAAGUAAAAGUCUACAAGAGGAAGAACCAUGUCCAAGAUUUGCCCAUCAGCUUGUUUAUGAUGAGUUACACAAGGUUCAUUACUUAUUUGGUGGGAAUCCAGGAAAAUCUUGUUCUCCAAAGAUGAGACUUGAUGACUUCUGGUCACUGAAAUUGUGUCGACCUUCAAAAGAUUACUUACUGAGGCAUUGCAAGUACCUCAUAAGAAAACACAGGUUUGAAGAAAAGGCCCAAAUAGAUCCUCUUAGUGCUCUAAAAUACUUGCAAAAUGAUCUGUAUAUAACUGUGGAUCAUUCAGACCCAGAAGAGACAAAAGAGUUCCAGCUCCUAGCUUCUGCUCUAUUCAAAUCUGGUUCAGAUUUUACAGCUUUAGGCUUUUCGGAUGUGGAUCACACCUAUGCUCAAAGAACUCAGCUCUUUGACACCUUAGUAAAUUUCUUUCCUGACAGCAUGACUCCUCCUAAAGGCAACCUGGUAGACCUCAUCACUCUGUAACUGAAGAGUCACUGGGCACACAAGUGGAGAACAGGAGUCACUUUCAGUGUUUGGAUUGCAACUCUUUUGACUGAAGUGAAGCUGCAGUGAUUGAGGACUGCACCAAAGUGUUUGAAGGGAUCUUUACCGUCACAAGUUUUAACCCUCUUCCUUCAUACCUGACCUCAACCCCAUUCUCCUCAUCUUAUUCCUAAAUUAGGCUAAUAAAGUGAAAUUGGUAUUCUUUCCAUUUAAAUAUAUAUUUUUUCUUACUUUAAUUUUUAAGAGUGAGUAUAAAAGAAAAAAUUAAGCAAUUUAUCCUUUUCUAAUUUUUUGUUUCUUUUUAACAGCACUACCAACAGGCUCAGUGCUACAAGAAUUUGGGGUUUUAUUGUUGGGUUGUUUUGACUUUUGUUUUCUCUUUCAUCCCUUUCACUUUACUUCACAUCAUACAGCUGCUUGUAAGUGGUGUCGCUAGUUUACUUCUUUAUUCUUAACAGGUGUAUAGUUCUGUAGGACAGUUGAUGUAUGUUAAAGUGAUAUAUGUGGUUGAUUUGUCUUGUAUUACAUUAAACAAUAGACAGGUUAGAGGGCUCAAAUUUGCACCUAUUGCCAUAGAACUAAAAAAUGAAAUUUAAGAUUAACCAAGUCACCCUAUCAGAGAUUGGUGGUGUAUAAUGUUUCAUGUUAUAUUUUAUAGUAGGUAUUACAGUAGCAUUUGGCUUUCAGUUACAGAAACAAACUAAGAAGAGCCAUUCUAAAAAUGGCCACCAGGAAAGAUCCAGUAGUGAUUAAUAUAUUUGUUGAUAUCUUUGUAGUAAUUCUGAAAGAAAAUGACUCCUCUGGUAGAGCUGUUCAAAACCAGGGCUCUCAUUUCUCCUGUGUGCCAUCUCUUUUUAGCAGUUCAUUUGGAGGCACAUGGGAGGUGAAGGGGAGGUUCAUACUUGUGCAUUCAUUCUUUCUGUACAUCUCCUUCUAUCUACUUCUAAAUAUCAGUAUGUUGAAGAGUAAUGAUUUGUGAUUAUCCAUUGGUCUACAACUGACAGACAUGUCAUUGAGCACAUGGACCAACCUUUUUUAAAUGCUGAAAAAAACUAAAGGUACAAAUUUUUUUAUGAAAUAGGUAUAAUAGAUGGGCUUUUCCAUGGUUCCAUUUUUGUGUAGAAGUGGAGGUAUGUAUCUUCUAGUGAGAUGCUGUAGAAUGUAAUAUGAGAAACCUAGAUCUGACUAGUGUUUACAUGUGCUCAAAAGGUGUGCUGAUGACACCCACCAUGCUAAUGGCAAACUCAGUGUAAUGUGCAUCUGUCAGCUAUUAAGAGUGAAUGAUUUCAUGAUUGAGUAUAUUCCCGAGUAGUAAGAUUAAGCCUCACCAGAGAGAAGAAAUUGAUGUGCACUUUCAAAAAGUGUGAUAUAUAGGAAUGAGAUUUUUGAGAUGUCUUUUCACUCUCUUUAUUACAUGGUUUUUCUUCUUUUGGGAAUGGACAGACUAUUUUUUUGCUAGUUCCUGGCUUAUGUCGUGCGUGGGCUUCUUGACUUUCCAAGCAUCCCAAAGCAAUUAAUAGUGAUUUGUUAAACCUUUAGAUCUGUACCUUAUCUUGUGAAAAAUAUAUUACACAAUUCAGCCAGUACCAAAUUGUAUAGAUGCAUAGUAACCAAUUGAUUACACAGUUGGAUAAAUUCAUUCUAUUUGCAGACUUGUACAGUUUUGUAAAAUGAUUCUUCUGAUUGACAGCCAAGAACAUAAAAUAUUAAUAUCACUAAUAUUAUAGCCUGUUGGAUUUUAUUUUAUGGAGACAGAUGCAAAUCAGAAUGUUGACAGGGAAAAACUUAAACUUGGCAAGACUAUCAAAAUUUAAAAGCUCCAAUUUGGUUACUAUGAAUUUUGGCACUUUAAAAACAUUAACCAAAUGAAAUUCUGCAGCCUUUCACCAUUUAUUCUUACAGUGAUUUCUUUGUAAUUUUUCAUCAGUCAUAUUAUUUAGAGGAAAUUCAGUUUCUGACUUCAGUGAUUUUGUUUUUUCCUAACUGAUUUUCUCUGCUAGUGUUUUUUUUUUAAACAUAUGCCUGUUUUAAUUUAUCCUUUUAUUUUGGUGGAAUUUUUUUUCCACUACCAUGUUUAAAUAGGUUUGCAUCAUAGUGAACACUUACUGUGCCUAAGUGAUAUAGAGUCACUGAGAAGGUAACUGACUAAGUCAGAAUCUGUACCUUGGGGGCUUGAUGGGCAUUGCCAGGAUUGACUGCAGAGAAUGUUGGGCUCCCUACGUUCAUAGCCAAGAUUGACACAUUGCUCACAUUUCACAUCAGAGCGCUUAGUUGAAAUUUAUGUAUUUAGUGAGAAGCUACAUAUAGUUCCAAGAAUUCUAGCAUUAUAUUGGUAUUUAGGUAGCUAAAUAUAAUAAUACCUCUGUUUAUGAACUUCUCUAUUUGCAGACAAUUCACUUUGCAGACAAAAGUGUUAGGCAAAAUUUUACUUUCAUUUGGAAACUUCACAUUGGGUGACAAACACGACUAUGCCCAUCUUCUCCACACACAAAUUCAGCCAUCUUCCCCAAAAUCAUAAAACAAGUUUGUCAACCAGGGUACCACUGUAUAUGUCCAUUACUACUUAAAAAUUUGUUCAUUUUGGCUUGGUCCCAAAUUGAAAAACCUCGAUGAUGCUUUAGACACAUUAAUUAGUGAGAUACAAUUUGCUUAGUUUAUUUGGAGCUUCAGCCUCAUUCCCAUGUCUUUUUCCCAAUGGAAUAUAUUACUUUCAACCAGAAAUAAACUAGAUCUCAAAUACUAUUUUCAGGGCUUGUAUUUCAUGAGAAAUGAUUUGAUUUGCAAGUCACCUCUCAAGUGCAUUUGCAUUUUAUUUUUUGAAAUGACAGAGACCUUGCAUGACCAGAUUGAUUAAUUCAGAGUAUAUCACUGUCUUAUUCAAGCAAAGGAAUUCAGAGUUGGGUAGCUACCUCUGUGCUAAAGCUGACAAGACAACAUUAACCUUUACCAGGGUCAUCUUUUUUAGAUGUAGUUUUCCAUUUAUACUAAAACUGACCUGUCCAUGCCUAAUAAAAACUAAUAGGAAACUUGAGAAGUUUAAGUUACUGGUUUGUCCUAGAAAAUCCAAUCAAAUUUAGGCCUUAGUGAUUUAAGCUUAUAAAAUGCACUCUUGAGUGAAAUAUACAUAUUGUAUAUACAUGGUUGGCAGCUUUUCAUUCCAGUGGGUCUUUUCACAUCUGCCUUAAAAGUGAUAUUUAGAGCUCCAUCUUAACAGAGUUUCACUUAAUAAAAAAGGAUUUUAAAAUCUAACCAACAACUACAAACUUACAAAUCGUAGCAUUUAGUGGGAGAGUAAGAAUGAUGCUUAAUGGAUCAAAAAGUUGUACUCAGUUUCAUGGUAAUUAUACAGAGAAAUUACUUUUAAAUUGUUCUUAACAUGGCAUGGACUUCAUUGGGUAAUUGUGGGUCAUUUGAUUAUUUUAUGAAUGAAAGUUGCAUGAAGUCCUUAGCUGGUUGAGUGUUGUAUAAACAGUUGAAAACUACAGUUUGAGGUAAUUUCUGUGGGAAGGACCAUUACAGUAUGUAACAGUGUAAACAGACAUGUAGCUAUUCAAAAUAUGCCCUUCCUUAACACCUAUUUUCUGAAAAAUCCUUAUUCAUCCACAAUCUCAUUCCUUUGCAGUAAUUCUUGACUGAAUUUUCACUAAGUUUUAACUAGUCCUUGCUCUUAAGAUGUGCUGACUGGCCUCAGAAAAAGUCUCUGGUUGUUGUUGGAGUAUCUUAGAGGUCUGUAUGUGAUCAUACUUGUAUGUUUUUGGGCUCUCUAAUGCAAAGAUUUUUGUUUUCCAUGUAUUAUUCUUUUGUGGCUUUUGACUGUGGCUUAUAUCUCCCAUGUGAUUUGUCUUAAUGUUAAAAUGACUUUGUUAUCCAAAUCUUCUAGUCUAGAGGUAUGUCAGUUGAAGGUUGGGGUUUCCAAGUUUGUUGAAAUCACAUGGAACUGACUAGCUCAUCUGAAUAACAUUGCCACAGUUUUGUUUUAUAACUCAUUGCUGUUUCUUAAUUUCUUUACCAAAUGCUCAUUUUGUUUUUCCUCAAUAAAUGCUAUCUCAGAGAUUUUAUUUAUAUAUGACUUUUUAACCUUGAGUUCUCCAAAUACUGUGAAUUGUGUUUCCAUUUAUUUUUCUUAGCUAACUUUUUUUAUUUUUAAUUUCUUUUUAUUUACUUUUUUUGUUACUGGGGAUUGAACUUGGGACCUUGUGCUUGUGAGGCAGGUGCCAGAACCACUGAGCUAAAUCCCCGGCCCUUCAUUUCAUUUUUUUGAGACGGUCUCACUGUGUGGUUCAGGCUGGCUUGAACUCACUGUGUAGUCCAGGCAGGCCUCAAACUUGUGGCGAUCCUCCUGCCUCAGCCUCCUGAGUACUGGGAUUACAGGCAUGCGCCAUCAGGCCCGGCUAUUCUUGACUUUUUUUAGCCCCAGACUUCAUUGACUUUCUGUAGCAUUGCUUAGGACCAUUUUACUGCUUGAAAAAAAAUCAGGUCAGAAUCAUUCUUAAGCAAACAUGGUCAUCAUCCCUGUUUAUGACAAGCAAUAAUAGUGAAAUUAAAAAUUAUAUGUUAUUGAAUAACAUUUAGAUAUUGCUAUAAAAACGUAUGCAUCAUUUUUAUUUGGAGAUAGUUAUAAUGGCUGCGGCAGCUUUAAUAAAGGAGCCUGUGAUGGUUUCUUUUCCUGGCACUGGGAAUUAAUUGUCAUAAAGAGAGCUCAUGGAAAAUUCAGUAUAACUCCAGAAUUUCCAUUUGCCUAUUGUCUUUUUAUUGUUUUUAGCCUUUUUUUUCUGUUCCUACUUCCCAUAAAUAGCAUUGAUUUUCUGCUGAUGUUGGGAUUUAUAUUAAGAAUUGGCUUUCAAUUUCUGAUAUAGUUGAAUAUUAAGAAUAGCUUUCAUUAGUGACUAUGAAAUGAUUGGUUUUUUUCCUUAAAUAAAAACAAGUAUAUGAGUGUCUCUUCCCCUCAAGAAUAUGACUAGACCUAAUUCUGAAUAACUAAAUCUCAUUCUCAGUUAUACAACCAGUGAUAAAAUCACCCAACAGUAGCUUUCAUAGCCCUUAACCUAAGGAGUCAUUAGAGGUUACAGUAAAUUAGAUUUUCUAGUGUCACAGAGAGAAAUGCCCUUUUGGGAAACUAUCACUUGUCUUUUUCUGUCAAAUCUUGAACUGGUUCCCAAUUCACAACUUAGCACAAAAAGCAAAGUAGUUUAUCUUCUAUUUUACAAUUGUUAUUUGGAAAUUAAGUUUGCUUAUAUACACUCAUGUCCCCAAACGCUGCCAAUCUUCCUUGAAUUUUUUGUGGAUAUUACCUGAGCACUACGACGUCAACAAGAAAAAAGAUGGCAGGGAGCUAAGCGGGGUGUUUGAUAGGGAAGGAGACUAGUUCUACGAAAUCACUUAAAAUUAUGAAUCUUAUGUCUUUUGUUUAUCUGCUCUUCAUACAGCCUUGGUGAACUAUUACACACUUGUGUGCAGUGUCCUGUUUUGCCUAUCUAAGGCAUUUUGACUUGGAAGUAUUGAACCUCAGGAACAAAUCUAGAAGGGAGAUUGGGAAUAUGUUGGGAAAAGAAUAAUGGAAACUUUUGGCUUAUGGAUUUGACAGUUCAUAAAUCUAAAUGAAACAGAAAGCUCUUCAUUUUUUAACCCUGAAUAAUUUUAUUUAUGCAGCACAGGAAAAAGACUCCCAAAAAAGGAUCAAAGUUUAAUUUUCUAGAAUAUUCGGGUUAGUCUUUGGAAUGCAUUUCUCUUCUAGUAGUUGUAAGAGACUUUAAAACAGAAAACCUUAUAUAAUCAACUCUAGAUCUCAAAUAGGUAAGCAGCUUUUUUUGUAGAUCUAGUUCCUUGAUAAGUGCAAAGUGAAAAUCAACAAUAAAACAUUUUCACAUGCAGUUAUUUGGCUCCCAGAGGACUCACUUAGAUAGCUCUGGAUAUUCUAGGUUGCCAGUCUCAGGAGAUCACCCUUGUUCAGUUUCAUUCACUACUUAAUGAAUGCAAAAUUAAUGGCCAGGGAGGAGAAACGUUGUGUGUGUGAUAUAUGGAACAGGCCCAUGUACAUAAUUAAGGAAUUGCAAUGUGGUCAGUUUUGAGCUUUCUCUCUCUCUCUCUUACUAGCAAAUCUCAAAAAAGUCUUUCUUAAAGUUUUACUAGUGCCGUUGGAUUGGUUUUCAUUUACUAGCCCUUUAAAAUAGGAAGAAAGGCUAAGUGUGGUGGCAAACUCCUGUAGUCCCAGCAUGUGGGAGACUGAGGCAAGAGGAUUGCUGCGAGUUUGAGGCUAGCCUGGACUACAUAAUAAGUUCAAGGCCAGCCUAAAAUACUUAGUGAGACCCUGUCUCAAAAAGUUAAAUAGGAAGAAAAUUUCCAUUUCAUAUAAAACUUAUAAUCCAUACAGAAUUGAACUUACAUUAGUUUUCAUGCCUUAAAAUAAGUUAAUCAUAUAUACAAUACCAGAGAUUUCUCUAUUCUGCUUUGCCAAGAAGUCCAUGAGUCCUAGAUGUUAGAGAUAUGUAAUAAUUUUGGCUUAUUCUUUAGGUUUUCUCCUCAUUUGUAAAGUGAUGGAUUAAAUUAGAGAUGGUAUGUAGAAUAAGCCCCAAUUUCAUUACAACUGGCAAAGCUUUACAAAUUGAAUUGCCAUAACAGAGAGCUAUGCUAGCCCUUAUUUCCAAAUGACCAUGUAGCAUGUUGCUUUUUAGUGCUGGAUUUACUUCUGUUUCCUUAUUUGUGGUAUUGGGGAUCCUUGCACAUGGCUAGACAAGCACUGUACUGCUGAGCUACACACCCACCCUUGUAUUUACCUUCUUGAAAUGCAAAGGGGAACACUGAGGACAGAAAUGUGUGGCUUUGCAUUGUUAAUUACCUGUUUUGGGAGUCCUAAGGUAUUUCUAUCUUUGUAAAGCUUAGCUUAAUUUUACAUAUACUGUACAUGUUAGCUUUGCUUGUAAAAGCACUGAAUACAAAGAUGUAAGACACAACAGAGUAAUGUCAGCCCAGCUCCAGAUUUGAUUAAUAGUAUGUCAGAGUCAAAAAUAUUAGGUUAAAUAUAAGUAGUCUUCUAUAAGGGAAGACAUACUUUUUAAAAAAUUAUGUAAUCUCCUUCAGAUUUUUUUCUCAAAAAAAUGAUCUUGACUGACCAGUUAUAAACUAUUUUCUUCCUCAAUUGUAAGCCAUUUAUUUAGAAACAUAAAAAUGGAUUUCUAUUUCUAUUAAGCCUGGGCAAGAGAUGCUCAUUCUGUUACUCAUUAAGCCAGCCUACCUUUUUAACUUCUGUUAAAUGUCUUUUGAAAUAAAUUAGAUUGUAUAGUAUUAAUUGUCCUUUAUAUAAAUGAAGCCUUCAGCUCAAUUGAGAUUGCAUAAUUCUGUGAGCAGACUUCUUUGUGGAAAAAAAAAAUAUAUAUAUAUAUAUAUAUAUAUUUUUUUUUUUUAAUUUUCCUUCUAAUAAAUUGCUUCCCUUACCACCACUCCAAACGUACAGUCUUCAGCCUCAGACGAAUAGUACAGGAAACCUAAGUUGAGAACCUCUUUUUCUUAUCUUAUUCUUGCCGGUAGACUGAAUGUUCCAUAUUUCCAAAGUGACAUAUUUAUAAGCAGCGUGGGAAAGAUGUUAGAAUUUUUAAAAAGUUAACUCAUAAAUUAGAAGUACUUGGUGGCCAGAAAUUAAGAUCCCUUUGUUAGAGAAAGAUCUUUAAAACCAAAGUUGGACUGGAAAUUAGAUUGAGAAGAACAAUACAGCUUUACCCAUAGCCAGCAGAACCUUGUCUUUCCAGGCCUGCUCCUCAGCACUGCGGAGAGCUGCUGCCUUCUGAGGGCAGCUCCUGGGCUGGAAAUGUGCUAAUAGCAUCGGCUCACUUUAAGGUUGGAAAGUGUUAUUAUCCUUUAUGGGUCUUUGCCUUUCCCAGAAAAAUAGGAACUUACUAAAUGUAAAGAAGGAAAGCUCUUGUUGAUGAUACCUCUUCAUUUUCUUUUUCCUAACCUCUCAGCAAAAAUGGUAAAGAUCAGAAAAGGUUAAAAAAGCAAAAAAAGUUAUUAGACCUUUUCUCAUUUUCUCCUACCACUUUAUAUGUAGGAAAGACCAGGUUGCAAUUGUACGUCCCCAACCUUAUAUUCCUUAAGCAUUACCCUUUUCUAGACAGUCUAAAAAUAAUUCUGUUGAUAAGUGUCUUUAAGCCUGAACAACAGAUAUAAGAUGGUAACCAGCAGCUGUGGAGAGCUGACUUGUUCAAGUCAUUGAAAAUUUCACCCCUAAAACUCACUGGAAUUUUAAAGCUCAUUAGGCACCACUAUGUAUGAAGCAUAUUGAUGAGGAGCCACUUUUUGUGAUGCACUUUUUUAUAAGGCCAUAAUUAAACCCACACUAAGAGAAUGAGCUAACUUUUCUAAGGCUCAAAGCACAGCAAAAGAAAUUGUCAAAUGAACAUAAAUGUAAGGCUUAGUCUGUGAAAUAAGAAUUCCUUAUCAUACUUAAGUAAAUGUCUCAAAAAAAACCUUGUUUUUCCAUAAAUACCAGCUAAGAUUCAGAAGUUUGCACCCCAGUAAUAUCUCACAUGAGACUCCUUCUCUUAGGAUGUGGAAAAGAAAAAACACCUUAUUAGUUCUCUUCUUUCCUUUACCCGCUCUUGUGUGGUGUUGUGGGCCUAAACUGUGUCCUGAAGUACUUGAGUCAGAAAUGGCCCACUGGAAAACUAGGUGGAGCAUUUAAACAGAGUGCUCUUUGGGUAGCAGGUCUUGGAUCUCUUUCAACAUCAUUGUUUUAGGUUACUGUUAGGCUGAGUUUUAUCUGGAGUCAUCCCUCUCAGAUCCUCUGAUUUGCCUUUUGUCCAAUCCAUAUGGAUUUUUUAGGAUUUUUCUUCUUUAGUACAAGUAAUUUUCUGAUCCCAGGUUUGGUACAUAUGUUAUCUUGUGAAUAAAUAAUGAGUGAUCUGCUGGACAAUUGCAGUUGUAGAAUUAUGUUGUAUGUAAUGUACAUAUGGAGAAAGAAUGUAUUUUGUUCAUUUUCUUAAUAAAAAAUUAUAUAUAGACACUA